GGGACCAUGUGGUGCAGCAAGAUGGCGGCGCGGUGGAUGGGGAGAGAAGCGGAAUUAAACGCCGACGGCAGCGACUUCCUGACCCACAGCUUUCACCACGAGUCGCUCCUGAGCAGAGGUGAUGUUGAUGUCAUGGACUCACAGUCCUGUACGGAUCACUCCAUCCUGUCCAUUUUUGAGGACCCCACAGUCACAACAGAGGAUAAGAGUGGAGUGGAGGAAGAGAGCGAGUCCCUGCUGUCGGCCCUAACUGAGAUGCUGGACAGCGUGGGGGAUGACGAGGGGACUCUGUCUCCCUUCGAUGUUCUGCCUGACACUAAGCUCCUCUCCCACCAGAGGUGCCGGGACAACCCAGUGGUCAUAUCACUCAGACCUACAGCAAGACCCACAUCACCAAAGGUAACCUUCUCUAUAAAGACGGAUGGAAAAAGGGAAGAUGAGAGCAAUAUUCAGCUGCUCACACAACAAAGUCAAAUAUCGUUAAAGUCCAAGUCAAAAGCAGAGAAUGAAGUCGAGAUCUUCACCUCCACGUCUUUGGUCAACCUGGUGAGGCUCAUGCACCCCUACUGUCUGAAGCUGUACGUGGAGGAGGGGAGUAAAGAGAGGAAAGACCACACGCUGUUCUCCAAAGAGGAGGUGUGGCGGUACGAGAGGCCCACCGAAGGGAGCGAUGAAGAGAUAAAUGUGGUGUCUGACGAUGAGGAACCUGUGAAAGGGGAGAGAGGGGAGAAAAGAGAGGAUGGGAAACUCCUGAAGAGUGUGUUGCUGAAUGGAAAGAGAGCACCACCAUCCAGAGAGAGGAAAAGAGUGAGCUUUGGCCCCGUUCAAGUGACUUCUUUUAAGGAACCAGUGGAAAAGGGACUGAUUGAGACAAAUCUAACAAGUGGGAACACAAGUGAGACUGUGUCACUUCCAUUAAAAAGCAGUAAAGCACUUGGAAACUUAGCAGGAUCGACACUUGAACCUCAGACAGCAGCGUCUGCAGAAAUGAACAGUGACAAGGCAAACGUCGUGCCACCUAAAGGUGAGACGAAGGCCAAAUCACUGAGCCUCCAACAGUACAGACAGCUGCGCCAGAAGAGACAGCCCCUGGUGGAGAAACAGGGAAGCAACACAACCAAGUGGCCCUCUGUUUCUGAGCCCCCCAAGGAGUUGACCCCCAUCUUCAAUUUACAUGGACAAAGUCAAAGCACCUGUGGACCAAAGACCAGAAGCAGCACUGAUCAUCUGCAUAAACCUGGCUUCAAGACUGUAUCCCAUCAUGCAUCUCUGUCGAAGAGGCCCUCGGAGGCAAAACCAUCCUCUCAUCUACAUCACAGAGGAUUAAAGCGCCCGAGACCUGAAUCCAAAACCAUCUCGCCUGCCAGUCCACUGCCAGACAACACGACUCACCCAAAUGGGAAGGUGCCUGAAAGCACAAGAAGUCCAGCAAAGAAACCAACAUUGAUUAGUAUUGAUCCCCCCAAUCCUGUCUUCGUUACCCUGCGGGUUAGCCAAACAGCACCACCAUCCACUGCCCCCUCCUCCUCAGAGUCCAAAGUGGAGUUCCACAGCACCGACUCCGACCUCCACUGCACCACACACAAAAGCCAAAAAGAAUCCUCAGCAGCACCUCUUCAAAGACAGCCAUCCUCUUCAGAGCCAAAGCCCCGGGUGUUGUUCUUAAGCCAGGACGGCACCGCGCGGCUUCAGGAAUUUAAAAACAACUUUACCCAGAUCGUUUCAGAUCUCUCCUCUGCACCUCUAUCACUGUGUCCUCAAACAACACAAACCGAACCUGCCUCAGAGUGCCACACACCACAGCCACCAACACCCGGUCCGACUAAACAAACCGAGCUGGAACCAAAGACUCCUCAGGCACCAAGUGAAGACACGGAGAGGCAAAUAACGUGUCCUUCCUUCACGCCACACUCCGCUCUGCCACCCUCUCAAAUAGAUGUUCUCACACCGAUAAAGAAGAAGGUACCAGAGAUAUCCCAGAGUACCUCUUCUCCAGAGGAAACUCCACCCUCGCCUCAGGUUGGCUGCAGAGCGCAGAGUGCAGCUUCCGACUCAGUGAUUGAAGCCCCUGAUGUGACCAGUCUGCUGGAACAGUUCGAGGAAACACAAGCUAAAGAGGACAGAGUUUGUGAGAAGGAGCCCGAUCUCAUCAGCACUACUCCACCUUCCAACCUGCCAACAGAUGGAUGCAUGCAGCCGGACAGAAACCCGCCUGUAGGACCAAAAUCCAGAUUACUCCCGACCCCCUCUGUGGAAGCACUUGAACCUUUAAGUAAUUCUGAAUCCUCCAGGACUCUGAAACCCCUCAGGAAUCAGCCACAACUCCAGACCUCGGAGCGCGUGGACAUCCCAGAGCCCCUCGGCACUGAAAUCAUCCUCAGCACUCAGGAGCAGCCUGUAAGACGCAAAAAUCCUCCAUCUAAGGCCAUUCAGAUCAUAGAUCCCCGUCCUCUACGGUCCAGGAAGACUCACAUCAGCACUUCAGAGGCCCCUGCUGCUCACACCUCCCUUCACAUGUAUUUAAUUGUAUGCUCUGAUCACGAUUACUGUGGCUCUGUGGAUCCUUUAGUAACAAGUGCUGCUCAGCCUAACAGAGUUAGGCCCUCUUCACUCAAGGAUAUUUCUGAAAUAACUCAUGAAUUGCAGGUGACUCCUCUCAACUCAGGUGCUGCUGCUGAAUCAAAAACACAGACCUCGACUGGACAAACAAAACCGGUGUCGCAGCAUCACUCUGAGCAACACACCACCAGUUCAGAAACAAACCCAUCCACAGACACAGCUCUGCAGUUUUCAGAUGGUGGUGCAAGUGAAGAGCAGGCGGACCCAUACACCCUCCCUACACCUCCACCCAGUCCUCCUGACAGAGGAAGGGACAAGAGGAGGUAUAUGAGACGAUCACCCCAUUCUGACUCCAGCUCCAGCUCAUGUCGCUCCUCCUCCUCCUCCUCCUCGUCUUCCUCCUCCAGCUCUGCGUCGCGCUCUCCGAAGAGACAGAGGCUCCAUCACAGGCGUUCCGAGAGCAGUUCGUGUUCAUCGUCCCCCUGCCGAUCCAUUUCUCACUCACCGCCUCGCCGCUACAGGCUGUCUUACUCCAGAUCGAGAUGCAGCAGGUCAAGAUCUAGAUCGUGGUCCCAGUCCAGGUCCCCAUCCAGAUCCCGAUCACCAUCCCUGCAGAUUUGCCGUAGGCAGUGGAAAGAUGUUUACAGCAGCAGAGAGUCCAGGAGUCUGAGGAGGGAGCACGAGAUCAGAAUCCAGAAACUUAAAGCCAUAGACGAGCGCAGGGUGGUGUACGUCGGCCGUAUCCGCAGGUCGAUGACACAAGAAGAACUGAGAGAGCGCUUCUCUCAGUUAGGAGAGGUGGAGUGUGUGUCGCUUCACUUCAGAGAAAGAGGCGACCACUACGGCUUUGUCACAUUCUACAACAUGGAAGCUGCCUUUGCAGCCAUUGAGAACGGCGGCAAACUACGGAAGCCUGAUGAGCUGCCGUUUGACAUCUGCUUCGGUGGAAGAAGACAGUUCUGUAAUUCAAACUACUCUGAUCUAGACGCGAACAGAGACGCAGACCCGUCUCCUGCCAAGAGCAGGUUUGAGGACCUGGACUUUGACUCGUUGCUGAAACAGGCCCAGAAAGGAUUGAAGAGGUAGCAGAGCACCGAGCCCAGGAUGUGCCGACGACAAAAAGAACGUGUUUUUUUUUUCUUUCAUGAACCUCAGAGCUUUUCAGAGCUUUUUCUUAUGUAGCAAAAACCUUCAUAUGUUACUGUUGUUUUUUAUGUUGUGACUCUAAUAUGCAUGCUGGUUUUAUCAAUGCAGUAAAUAUGCACUCUUAAUUUGAAA